AUGUUUGCUCUGAAACCAAAUAGUCCCUUACAAUUAAAACGGAAUAAAAGAAGUAGGAUAAAAGAUUUAAGUGGAAGAAAUAGAAUAGGCAAGAGUAGAAAAGAUGGAAAAAUAGAAGAGAUGUCAGAGAAAGAAACUGUGCUGUUAUUUCGUAAUGAUUAUCAUUAUAGGACUAUUAUUUGCGACUGUUAUGGUCCGGGGUCGAAAUCAUUCGGCCCUCGAUCCUUACCCGGGAUUUUCAAUGGUUCAAAUGAAAAACCUAAUUUGGUCCAUCAAUCACUUGUUCGACCAUCAAUAUUACCAUAUUUCGAAAAGAUUUCAUCAAAUGCUUUUAAUAAUUCUGUUCGUCUGAAAUCUGUAUACAAAUACAAGAUGAAAACUCAUUCCGGUACCAAAAAAAGGUGGAGAGUUACCGGUCGUGGAAAAUUCAAACGUGCUAGAGCGGGCAAAGCACAUCUUAAUACAGGGGUUUCACGAGCACGUUUGUGGACUCGAUUAAUGGAAUCUCGAUGGACCAUUCUUUAUAUAAGUUCUGCUCUGGUCCAAAUGAUAGUAGCCAUUAUAAUAGAAGCUAUCAUUCUACGGAUAAACGAAGAUGGUGCUAAAGCUUUAAGCAGUCUUAGCAAUAAAUAUAAAGAAACUUAUCCAACUCCUCCUCCCCAGCCCCAGUUUGCUUACAUGAAUUAUACUUAUUCAAAUUAUGGAAAUCAAUACGUGUCGAUUAUAGAUGGAAACAUUUGGUUCAUGGUGUUUGAAGCUUUCCUUACUGUUUUAUGCUUCUCUGCGAGUUUUAAAUGGAUAAAUCGUAUCAACCUUCAAAUUGAACUUGAUUUCCCUGACCUUAAUUCUACUGAUUUGGCUUUUACUAAAUUGCCAAUGACUGUACUAUAUGCUGAAUAUGUUCAACUUGUUAUCUUGAUUUUGUUCGUUGCUGCUGCAAUAUUCCUUGGUUAUAAAUUAUAUGGUGAAUUUGGUUGGAAUAUUUAUAAAAAGAUUGGUGCUGAUAUUCAUACUCAAUGUACAGGACAUAUCUUAGUACGUUUAAAAUUACCAACUACUAUUCCGAAUUUUGGGAUUUAUCAUUCAUACAAACCAACUUUGAACUCAUGA